CCAAACCAGUUGGUCGCGCGCCUUCUACCAACUUCACUUAUUCGUUGAGACGACGAAAUAUAAAUUAAAUUCAACAAUUAUUGUAAACUAAUUUACAUUGUUAAUGGUCAUUUAAAAUUCUCUUAUUAGCAUCGUGAGCGUGUAGCAAUAAAACGUUUCAUUUAUCAAUCAGUUAGAAGUAUAAGAUUCAACAGAUUAAAUAAAGAUAAACUAUGGCAGAAAAAAUACCCUAUUACAUAAGCCCGGUCACCAAAGAAGAUGAAGAUGCCAUCGUCAGACUUACAAAACGAACAUUCUACAUCGACGAGCCUCUAAACUUAGCAGUGGGACUAUGCCCCUCGGAAACAGAGCCAUGCCCGGAGCUCGACGCGUACUGUUACAGCUCCUUACAUGACGGUUUAUCAUUCAAGGCCGCUGACGAUGAGGGCAAUGUGGUCGGUGUUAUAAUCAACGGAGUGUGUCCUCUGAAAGAGGAGGAUGACGGCAACGAUCUCCUUAGCCAAGCACAACGUUGUCCGAACCCGAAGUUCCAGAAGAUUCUAUACAUCUUAGCAAGAAGAGAAACCGGUGCUCGACUGUGGGAGAAGUUUCCUCAAGACAAAAACGCUGUCGAAGUAAAAGUAGCAGCCACUGAUCCUAAUUGGAGGCGAAGAGGAAUCAUGAACGCUUUAGUAGAGGAAACUGAGAAAGCGAUCAAGCAACACGGCAUCAGACUAGCUCGGCUGGACACUUCAAGUGCGUACUCAGCUAUGUCUGCCGAGCGAUUGGGCUACACGUGUUACUACCGCGCUCAGUACAAAGACAUCAAGAUGGACGGCCAGCCGCUCAUAGUGCCUGCACCGCCGCACGUCGAAGACAGAGUCUAUGUCAAAGAACUGUACCCUUUGUAAUAUUUUAAAAUAAAUAAUUAUAUUGUGUU